AUGGCCUCGCUUUGCCCAUUUGUAAUGGCCAGUCGCUAUUAUGAUGCAGGGUGUCCGCUCUUCACCAGGGACUCCCUCCAGGCCAUUGAGGAUCAGUUAACCCGCGACGAUCACGCCUUUUCUCUACGGACGAUCAACGACGGAAUUGCCGAACAACGAAAUUCUCUCCAAGCGAACAACAUUAACGUUCACGGGAAGAUGUAUCACAUCGACUUCUCCAACUAUUAUGAGCUACUUGCAACAAUCUGGCACUCUCAACUCUCUAACUGGCCAGCAUUCAUGGCUUGUUCUAUGAUAGUCAUGUCCUCGAAUGAGUUUAACCAAUCUCGCUAUCGCCUUAAGGAGGCACGUCAGGCUUUCAAUAAAUCCUUGCGCGAUUGGCAUGAGGACGGGAAGUGUGCGCUUCUACGAGAACACCAGGCCAGGCUGCGGUUGCCGCGGAAUACCAAUCGAGUUGUCUGCCUAGCACUUGGUGACCCCUUCAGCGGCACGAAGUCUCAUCAAUAUAGGUCGAGGGACCAACAUGCCGCUGCGCUCACCAUCGCAGAAAUCCUACAGCAACGGUUCGGAGGUCUGAUCGAGAUACUGGCCCAGGACCCUUGUUACAGUACGGUGAGCAAGACCAUUCUACGUGAGCAGGGCAUCGAACCGAUUGCUGGUCACGGAGCCAAGGCCUUCCUAGCCAUUAACAGCCGAACAUUCGUGUUCACAAUAUGUCCGAGCAUCCCAGUGCGCCAGAUUGUUGCCGACAUAGCAAGGCCAGCGGGAAUACAUGUCUUUAUAGAUGCGGAUUCGCCCCGAACGCGCAGAAUGAUGCAGGAGUAUGAGGAGUAUCGACUGGCGCCGGCCUCCAACUUCGAGUUCGGCCAGAUGGCAUUCUACGCGAGGAAGUAUGAACGGAAGAGAUCGGCGAGCUUGCCGCACAUUCUACGGUCCGACGUCGAUCAGGAUGUCAUCGGUGUGGGCCAGUCGACGGCCGAGCGGGAUGACGUCGACUCGGAUGAUGGCGUUGAUGAUGGGGGCGAGGAGUGCGACUCGGAUUUCGAGAUGGGCGAGGCGCCUGCGUUGGUGGCCGUGGCCGUGGCGAAGGAGAAGCCGCCGCCCGAGGUGGAUGAGGAUGGCAUGCCAAUGAUCUCGUCAAGCAUUGAUCACAUUGCAGCGGCUCAGCUGCUCUAG